UCGCCACACCCUAUCCGUUUGGUUGGACAGUGAGUGACUGAGUAAACAAAACACACACAAAGCCAACCCACCACCACCAUAACCAUGGCUUCUCUUCUCUCCCUCUCCUCAACUACUCCAACCAGACCCACUCUCAUCCUUCAUCACCCCUAUUCUCCAUUCAAGGGUAAUGUGAGAAAUCUAAAGGCAACCCAAUGUUCCUUUCCUUGUCUGAAAAUUCAUAUCAAGAGCAAAGUGGGUAGUGGUAGAGCAGUGGUGAUUCUGGGCAGAGCUUCACCAUCCCAAUUUGCUUCUGAUGAUACUGCUACUAGCCCUAAUGCUCGGUUUCGGCUCGACAAUCUGAGUCCGCAACCGGGUUCCAGAAAGAAGGCCAAGCGAAAGGGCAGGGGCAUAUCGGCCGGCCAAGGCGGCAGCUGUGGGUUUGGGAUGAGGGGUCAGAAAUCGAGGUCUGGCCCCGGUGUUCGAAGAGGGUUUGAAGGUGGUCAGAUGCCUCUUUAUCGACGAAUUCCCAAGCUUAGAGGAAUUGCUGGAGGUAUGCAUGCCGGUUUACCAAAGUUCGUCCCAGUAAACUUAAAAGACAUUGAAGCCUCAGGAUUCCAAGAAGGUGAAGAGGUAUCACUGGCAUCAUUAAAGAAGAAGGGUUUGAUAAACCCAUCAGGAAGAGAAAGGAGACUCCCUUUAAAGAUCCUUGGUGAUGGGGAAUUGAGUGUGAAGUUGAACUUCAAGGCUCGGGCGUUUUCAGCAUCAGCAAAGGAGAAGCUCGAGGCUGCUGGCUGUUCAUUAACAGUACUCCCUGGUCGGAAGAAAUGGGUAAAGCCAUCGGUAGCCAAAAACCUUGCUCGCGCUGAAGAAUACUUUGCCAAGAAAAGAGCUGCAGCUGCAGCGGACUCAUCCAUUGAGACGUCCUCUGCUUGAUUUGCUUUUGGCAGCUAUGCAAUUUGUUGUUGUUGUGUUGGAGAUGUAAAGUAGUGACCCUAGACAUUUCUGAGAAUUUCUUGGUGUUACAGAAGUUUUUCUUGUGUUAGCUUCUUUCUUCCGUUGAAUCCAACAGAAUAUUUUGUUCAUUCCUUCAAAUUUGGCUCAAGUGUUUUGACUUCCAUUGAAUCCAACAGAAUAUUUUGUUCAUUCCUUCAAA